AUGAAAUCUGUUGGGAACUGCUCACACUGCCAUGACUCCAUUUACUUGGUUCAGGAGAUCAGGAAGCUUCACGGGGAACUGGAAGAGAUCCAGAAGAUGCUUUUGGCUCAGGAGGUGCAAUUGGUCCAAUCAUCUGAAAAUCAUCAGAUUCUUCUGUCAUCCAGUGACAAACUAGAUAACCAAAUUGAGAGAAGCAACUUUUCUCUUCGUCAGAUCAAUCAGACUUUAGGAAUUUUCCUGUCCCAGGUUAAAGGGUGGCAGACCACAGCAACGGACUUGGAGACCUCAGUGAAGAACUUGGUUCAGGAGAGGUAUGACAUUACUGCUGCCAUACAACAGAUCAAUUUUACUUUGGGUCAAACAUCAGACUGGAUACAAGUCAUUCAGAGGAAAACAGAUGAGGAGACAUUAACGUUGCAAAAAAUUGUGUCUGACUGGCAAAACUAUAGCAAAGUUUUUGGUGGCUUUAAAUCAACGUCGGUCAAAACUAUCGACUUGGUGAGGAGCAUUCAGAGUAGUAUUGCUGCAACCGCACAACGCAUCACCCUUAACACAGAGGUCAUGCAUGAUCUGGUCCUACAAGUAAUGGGUCUUCAGCUACAGUUGGACAACAUCACGGCUUUCAUUGAUGAUCAUGAGGAAAACAUGGCGGACCUCCAGUACCAUUCAAAGUACACUCAAAAUCGGACAGUUGAGCGCUUUGAGAGCCUGGAGGGUCGGAUGCUGUCUCAUGAAACAGAAAUUGGCACCAUAUUCACUAAUAUUAAUGCAACUGAUAACCAUGUGCACAGUAUGUUGAAAUAUCUUGAUGAUGUGCGACUUUCCUGUACCCAUGGAUUCAAUUCCCAUGCUGAGGAAUUAUACGUUCUUAAUAAGUCAGUCAGUAUGGUGCAGGGCACCGCAGAUAUGCUCAGAGAGAAGUUCAGCUUGAUGAAUGUUCAACUAGAUUUUGAUGUACGAAAUCUGUCAAUGAUCAUGGAGGAAAUGAAAUUGGUGGACACCAGACAUGGGGAAAUUCUCCAGAAAGUCAUCACUGUGCAAGGUAAGACUUACAAUAUAUGUCAGGGUGAAAAAAAAAUUGGUAUGCUAUUAAAAUCCUGUUUGAGCUGA